UCAGACCCAGGCUGCCAUUCGGUUGGAUCUUCUUAACAUUUUGCCCAUUUUCACCCAAGACGGACUCUGUCUGUAGUGGCCAUGGUGUCCAGACGUGGAGACAUUCCAGCCCUGGAGGCGGGCUCUGGAAUGAACGAGGGUCUGCUGGGCGGCAUGUCCCUCCCUGUCGGGAUGACCCGCCGCGCUAUCAGCUACGAUGACAACCUGGAGCGGCCCAUUUCCCCUCCCCCAACCGACAUCAACAUCACCAACCUGUGGAGGAGGCCCGUCAUUCCCGAGAGGAAGUUCUCCAGACUGGCUGAGGAGGAGGAAUUGGAGACUGCAGUAAAGAGCACCACGGCCCACGAACCCUCCCAGCCACCGGUUCCUGUGGUGAAGGCCAAAGCGUCCUCGGUCCUGAAGAACUCCCUCAUCAUCAAGAAAACGCAGGAGAACAUGCAGAGCUUUGAGAAGAGGGCGGGGCUCACAGACGCGGGCUACACGCCGCACAAAGGCCUGGCUGCGGAGGAAACUCGCUACCACCGAAUGGCCGAGGCGAUGCAGAAAUUGCACAUCCAAAGUGUCGACAUCAAGGAGGAGAAGCAGUCCUCUUCUACUCAGUCAACCCCAUCCGGAACGCCUCAGUCAUCCCCCAAACAGAGGCGCAGAAGCUGGUUUAGCAGUCAGGGUUCUAUGGCCUCCAUCACAGGCUCGGAGCUCACCUCCAGCUCCAGUUUGGAUUUGGGAGUGGGCGAGGGUGCUAUGGAGCGCUGGAGCACUUUUGGGCCCAGGUCUCACAUCCACAAGUCCCUCACUGAGCCCAGUGCAGACCCAGGAGCUGCAGGGGGCUUUGCCCUGCAGGCUUACAAAGGUGCCCAGAAGCCCACGCCCAUGGAGGUCAUGAAGGCGCAGGCCACCCGGCUGGCCGAGGACCCCACCACGUUCAAAGCCCCUCCCAAGAUGGAGAUCCCCAGCGUGGAGGUCAAGCAGCAGAUGACGCGGCCCCACAAGCUCAAACACCGCGACAUGAACGUGCUGACCCCCUCAGGAUUCUGAGACCCCGCCUCUGCAGGCCACCUUGCCGCUUGGCCCCGCCCCCUGCACUUCUUUACUUUUUAGCAUGUCUAGGUUAAAUUGCGUCUCAGCUACAUUUCCCCAUGUAUGUAUGUGUCUUUUGACCCAUAGCAGUGUUAAAUUGCCUCUCAUUAUACAAACAGCUAGACAAUCUGGCUUUGUUUUUGUUUUUAAUCUUUCUUUACAUUUUAAGUAGUGCAGCUGGGGGGUUGGUAUAGGAGUGUCUUACUGCUGUUCUAUUCAGUCACCAUGUUGGCUACUGUAUAACCUUGUUCUGUAGUCUUAAGUGUCUCUGAUAACCUGCACUGGGAAUCUUAGUUACUAUUUCAGAGUAUGAGAUGUAAAGUAUCCUUGAUACUGCAAGAACACAUUCUUAUAAACUACAACAUUUAGUCUUGGUUCGCUACAGUUUUAAUUUUAGUAUUUAAUGUAGCAAUUCUGCACAGAAGGUUGGUUCUAUUUUUAUGUUAAAUUU